AUGGAUUUCCAAACACAGCUGGAGCCGAGGCUCCUCUUACAAAAAUCCCCCACGGCCAUCGCUCAUCAUUUCCAAGAUCUCGUCACAACAGAAAACGGGGAUAUCAACGCGAUCGACACACAUCUGCUUUCCCAAGUCCACAGUGAAUCCAUCCCCGCGACCAUCUACGAGAUCUGGUUCCACCUAGCGGUAAAGCAUGCCCCUGAGCUCCUCCAUAACCGACUCACGGACCGCAUCUCCUGCGGCGUCCGCAAGGCAAGUCUGUACGCCUUACGACGCAAGUUCCACAGUAGGAAAUGGAAGGACACGUGGGACUCCCUCGGUGGCGCGGCCGGUAUCAAGGAGAUCAUUGACAACCUCGCGAUGAGUGAAGUGAAGCGGCUGGCCUCGGCUAUUACCCACAUUAAACUCCAGGGCGAUCGCCAGGUGAUCUCAGCCUGCGUCGAGGAGCUGCUCCGUCUCGUGGCCGAGUCGGAUCGCAUCACUGGUCGCGUGAUCUCGCCUAAUCUUGGCCCUUUAAUAGAGCUUUGCAGUGAGAGUUACGUGCUUGAGUAUCUGGAGCGACAAGGCCAACAGGAUGACGCGUUCCAGCAGCGUCUGAAAGAAAUAGGGCGUUGGCAUUUGGAUCUACUGCGGAGGAUUGCCGUGGGGACUGUUGAAGUGUCGGAGGAUGUGCGUGUCAAAGUCUUCUUGUCCCAGCGAGACUCUUUUGUGCGCUCGCAGCAGGAGUAUGUACCUGUUUACCUCCCCCCAGACAUGACUGCCGACGUUCACCCUGGCGUGGCAUUUUGUCUCGACAUGGUUCACGCCUUUUCUGCAAACGCUGGCUUCAAGCGCAGGAUAGGUAGCGCUGUACUGGACUUGAUCCACACUACGCUGAAGCUGGCAGUGAAAAAGGGGUGUUCCUUGGACCUUGUACUGAAGUUCGUCAAACACAUCUUGCCGACGUACUUUGAGCACAGUGAGCGGCGCGUCUCUUGGGUUACCAGGGACCCGCUGCCGCGCGAGAUCCUCAGAUGGUGGUCCAUUGCUCGCACGGGAAAGAUUCCUUAUAAAGGAACCUUCUGGCUUCAGCGUCUCUUGUUUCACAAUGAUGCAAAGUCCUUCUCCCUCCAUAUCGAACUGCUGGAAGACUUCCUUCUCCAAACGCUGCGGCAGCAAGCCGAUCGCAAAUUUGACAUUCGCACAAAUCCCAGAGACUUUUACCAUCAUCUGAGCGACCAUCUGUACGGUAUCCCAUGCGAAGAACGGCUGACCUUCAUCAAGUUCCUUUGUCGCAAAGUGCCCUCCAUCGACGUGGAUCUCGAUACAUGGCCCCCUUCCGAGCGGGAAAGCCAACUCUUCCCAUACUGGGAGGAGAGAAUCCUGCGAGCUUUGCCGACAUCCGAUGCAAAAUGGCUUUUUGGUCGCAUGUUGGCGAUCCACGGUUGCGAGGAGUUUCUUCCAGACCCGGACGGCGCCUCUCCGAGUCAGGACCGAAUGACAUGGACAGACCAGUGCUUGUUGAAGAUAGACUGGGAAGCUGAUGAGGAGAGGAGUGGUCAGCUUCCUGUUGCCCAUAAAGUGCUGGCGGAGUCAAAACGUCGGGCAACGAGAGAAAGAGACCCUCAAGGAAGAUUGACCUGGGCCAGUGCCGCCCUGCGAUUCGCGAUCGCCAGCAAGUCCUUAGAUAUCUUCCAAGAAACCGUGGAAUGGAGCAGGCGAUUCCUUCGAGAUCCGGUUGUCUUCCCGGGACUAUUGGAUAUCCUUUUCAGCAGUAGGACAGCAUCCAUUCUUUCCUGCACGCGCAUUCCAGGCCCGAGAAGGCCAAAGACACUCUCCGAAUUGAAGGCAGUUGUGGAAAAGAGUAACGAGGUUCUCCGGUCGUACCUGGACAUCGCACACCUUAUUGUCCGCGAGCCGCAUUAUCAGAGCAAUUUGACCAAAGGCAUCCCGUAUCUCUUAAGCGGAAUAAUAUCCCAGAGAAUCGAGGACUUUGAGAUGUCUAAUCCAGGCACUGAAUCCGAACGCGUCGAAACUUUCCUUGACUCUUUCCUACCUAUCGUCCUCGAAUUCGAGCGCCUGGCAAACAGCGAGGACACCAAUAAGUUCACUUGGUGUGGCUUUAGUGGUGCAGUUUCUCGGAUUGGCUGCCUUGAUGACGUGCAUGGAGCUGUUCUCUCAUUCCUGGAUCGUAUGGCGUACGAACGGAAUCAAUUCUGGGUCGAGAAAAGGAGGGACGACAGCCCCGAAAUCAUGGAUCUACCGCUGGGCUUCCCGAGAGGCCUCCCCCUGGAAUAUCUCCUCCCUAAUCUGGAACUGACGCACCUUGCCAACAAGUACCCGGACGAUAUGCCAUACCUGAACUCCAGACUCGCUGAGGUUAUGGUGCCGACGGGCGCGAUGCUAAGCGUUGUCCCGGCUAGUGUUGCCAGGAAGAAUUACCCCAUUGACAGUCUUAGUCAUGGAGUUCAAGCCGUCAUAGAAGAUCCCUCGGUUGCAGCGAAGGAAAAGGAGCUCUUACAGAUCUGGGAAAGAUUCUCUGAUGCCUUGCGCCCCUAUCCAGAUCAGUUGGAGAUCUUCAAGGAAUGGCUUGCUGAUUCGGCCCGUCGAGCAGGCUUAUGGAGCGCGGCCAAUAUAAUCAACCCACCGCUGCCUCCGAGAAAGUUUUCGGUAUCUACAUUCUUUGAACAAUGUUCAGAUCUUGAUAAUGUGGUUGAAUGGGAUCCUCUCCCGGCCUCUGCUCCUGUGGACAGUCCAAGCAUAGAAACUGAGCCAGAAGAGAAGAAGGUUGAACGAACGAUCCUCAUCUGCCGCAUGAAUGCCGCAGAUCGGAUCAUCAGGAACAAGGUUCAGCCUGAGGAGAAUCCAUUACGGAUUUGGUCUCACACCGACCGCUCCGUGCCUCCAUCAGAGCGUGAAGUAGUCGUGCUUUCUGCGCUCCUGUACCUCGACACUCUCAAUCAGCAGCCGAAGCGAAUCCUACGCCGUCCCUGGCCACAAAAUGCCCCCUCGCGUCGAUACCCGGCCAUCUUCCUCGCAGACGAGUUUCUGACUGCCGUUGCAACAACAGGCAACAGGGCCAUCUAUGCAGCGGCAAACGCUCUUCAAGAAUGCGUGAAGUUCGUUCCCGCGCAGCUACUCCGUGAUGUUGCCGUCUCGUUGCUCGAUAUGCUCACGGAGACUGGGGACAAGAAGCAACCAAACUAUUCCACAAUCUUAUCGGUGACGAUGGGCUUGAUCAAGCUGCUUCAAGAGACAGACCAGCCUCAACUGGCUAUUGAUGUUGUCCUCCGAGUCCUCAAGUCUUUCCCGGACGCAUCCUCGUACCACCGGCAAAUGCGACUAUUGAGGCUGGGGAAGCGACUUUUGCCGCAGGACGCCGUCCUCAUGGUCAACACGUUUGCCGACUUCGUCUGCAACGCCGGUAAGUCUCAGGCCGGGCAGUCGGAUUGUCGUGAUCCAUCGACAAAGACCCAGCCUUAUGUCAAGAUCACGACAAUCAAGAUGCUCGCCCAACUCCUCGCCGACGCAACCUUUGUCGAUAUAUCCACCUGUCUUCGCAUACUUCAAGAUGUCUUCAAUUCAAAUCGACACAUCGAUGUCCGUUAUGAAGUUGUCAUGACAGUCCUGCAACUGUUCCACCGCGCGGCAGACUUCACUUCGGUAUUUACUGCAAUCGCCUCCAUGGCGAUCGCCGCUUCAGGCCCGAGCGAACGAGAAGCCACACCGGAGGCCGACUGGCUUGCCGCCGAAAAGGGAGACAGACCUCUCCCAGAGGUAGUCCCCGCUUCCGAUCGCCCCUUGCUCCAUUGCUUCCUCAAAACCGCCUUCUGCUACCUCUCGGAACAACACCGUAAAGAAUAUCUGCAUAAGGUACUCGUCCCGCUAUUGGAUGAAUCCACUCGGCAGCACACUCGCUGGAUUCGAUGCUUCCUCUCGCAGAUCCAUCUUACUCCUGACGAAGACAAUGCCAUCACGUGCCUCAGUAAGAUCUGGGCCUUUGACCCAUCCGCCACCCACUCCCUCUUCAGUACCUGGAGACAGUAUCUCCCAAAAUCCUAUCUUCACCAACACAGGUGCUGGGCCCUCGCUUACCUGCACUACUCUCAUGUGGAAACGAUAAAUGAGAAGCUUUCUGCGAAAGAUAAGGGGUGGCGUGGCAGUACGGAGGGAAAGCACUGGCUCACCCUGCAGUCGUACCUGCAUAGCUGUAACCCCUUUGCCGGAAUAGGCGACAGCAUCGCUGCGGGCGUACAAACGCUGGCAGAGGGUGGCAUAACAGUCUCCGAUCUCGUGGAGGAGUACAUCUGUCGCGCGGGGAUAGUGAGUCGGCACCCGGUGAGGUUCCAUAAGAAGCUGAAUCGGUUCGUGGUUUCGGUCAAGACUAGUUUGGAGUCAUUGACGAUCGUGAAGGAGAAGAUGAGGUCAGUAUCUGAUCCUGGGAGGUAUGACUUGCUGCAAGGGAUGAUGGAGCGGAUUGUUGCGGAUAUCGAGUCGUUGAGGACGGCACAGUGGAUGGAGAAUCCAGACAGGUCGCCUGCCGUCCUGCCGUCGAGGUUGGAAAUGCAGAUGCUGCUUCUGCCGUCGCCAAAGUACAAUCCUCACACGAACGAUCCGGGAAUGGAGUAUGGGAGGAGGCUUAUGGACCUAGUGCAGAAGUGUGCCGAUAACCCUUUGUUGCUGGUUGAUUUUGAAGCUGUCAAGACGCAGGUGAACAACGUGAAAGAGAAGGACCUCGCGUCCUUUGCCCUUCUCUUUGGGGAUGAUGUCGAGGAAGACCAGGAAACAUUGUAUCAGCGUUUGAAAAUAGACAUUGCCCAAUGCGCUUUGGUGAAGAUCAAGCCGUUGGAUCUGUGGCAGAACGAACGAUUGAUGGCAAUGAUCGGCAGGUGGAAAAUGAGCGGGAGCGAGUGGGUGAGACAGGUGGGAUGGAGUUUUGACGGGACUUUUUGA